ACGGCCGGCUUCUUCCCUCUUCAGAAAUCAAGAACCCAACGAAAACAAAGCUACACAUUCUUAGUUGAGACCUUGAGGCAUCAGCAAUGGCCGGAGGAGACGAUCUGAAGCUGCUCGGCAUGUGGUCGAGUCCAUACGUGCUGCGGGUGCAACUCGCUCUCAGCCUCAAGGGCCUGACCUACGAGUGCGUUGAGGAGGACCUCAAGAACAAGAGCGAGCUCCUCCUCAAGUCCAACCCGGUCCACAAAAAGGUCCCCGUGCUGCUCCACAACGGCAGGCCAGUCUGCGAGUCGUCAGUCAUCGUGCAAUACAUCGAUGAGGCCUUCGCUGCCACCGGCCCGUCCCUUCUUCCCGCCGACCCCUACGAGCGUGCCGUCGCUCGCUUUUGGGCCGCCUACAUCGACGACAAGCUGUUAGCCGCGUGGACCAAAGCGUCUAUGGGCAAGACGGAGGAGGAGAUGGCGGAGGGGAAGAAGCUUUCGGACGUCGCGGUGGAGACCCUGGAGGGAGCACUCAAGGGGAAGCCCUUCUUUGGCGGCGACAGCGUCGGGUACUUGGAUGUCAUGCUCGGCGGACUCCUCGGGUGGGUGCGCGCAGCAGAGGAGUUGCAGGGCAUCAAGCACUUCGACCCCGCCAAGACUCCGCUCCUGGCAGCGUGGGCGGAGCGCUUCGGCGCGCUGGACGCGGUCCAGGCGGUCACGCCGGACGUGAACAGGCUGGUCGAGUUCGGCAAGGUGAUGAAGGCGCGGCUCGCGGCUGCAGCAGCCGGUGCAGGCAACUGAGGAAGGAGCGUCUUGAGCAGAUCUGCCCUCUGUUUCAGCUUUUGUUGAUUACGAAAAUAAGGCAGUGUUGUCGUGGAUGUGUCGUGAGUUUUAGUUCAACAAGUAAUUUCUGUAUUGGGUGAUAGUAUUAGAGUAUACGUGGUUUCGUGCAUGUGCUCAAUCUGUCUUCUCCCGGCAUGAGUUCUUCUCCUAGUGAGGUUGCAACUUGCAAGAAUGAAGGACUCCCACAGACACAACGAACUGGUGGUGCACGUUGGUUUA